CUUACGCUACAGAAAUGGCGAUAAGCACAGUACACAACAGGAACGUCACAGCCAAUGAAGAAGGGGAGUUGCCAAGCGAGACGACUCCUCUCGUCCAAAAGCGCGCGGGCGAUGUUUCCGGCAAGAUAUUCAGUACCAAUGUGACCCUCCUGAUUGCAGGGUUGAACGACGCCGCUCUGGGCGUCCUAAUCCCCUAUAUCCGACCAACCUACGGCAUCACUCUAUUCCAAGUCUCGCAGAUCUACCUGGUAAACUGCGCUGGUUGCCUUACUGCGUCUUUCUCCAAUGUCCAUGUUUGCUCCCGGAUUGGUACAGGCGGUACUUUAGUCCUUGGGGCAGUGAUCCAAACAUUGGGGUUUGCCCUUAUGUUCUGGAACCCGCCCUUUGCAUUAUUUAUUGCUGCAUUUUUCCUAAGUGGCAUGGGAUCGGCGUAUCAGGAUGCCCAGGCGAACACGUUUACAACGACCGUUGAUAACGCUCACCGAUGGUUAGGAAUCCUACAUGGCGUAUAUGGCGUUGGGACAAUUAUCUCACCGGUGGUCGCCAACAUGAUCGCCUCGCGGACGCCAGUCUGGCAUAAGUUCUAUCUGGUAAUGCUGUGCUUGGGGUUGAUUAACUUGGGUUUGCUCAUAUGGACGUUUAGAGAAGGUCUGUUUAAGCCCAAUAAGAGGAAUGCAAGCGGCACAGCCGGGAGAGAGUUAAAAGCGACGUUUUCAAAUAAAGCCGUUUGGAUUCUUAGCGGGUUCUUCUUUUUGUAUGUCGGUGCGGAGGUUACUGUUGGCGGUUGGAUGGUCCAAUUCAUCGUCUCCGUCAGGAACGGAGAUCCCAAGGAGGUAGGGUACAUAGCCUCUGGAUUCUGGUCUGGAUUCACACUAGGCCGCGUCGUGCUGGCCGAUAUCACGCACUAUUUCGGGGAACGUCGCAUGGUAUUUGUCUACCUUGCAUUGGCGAUCACCAUGCAGCUUUUGUUCUGGCUUGUUCCGAACAUCAUUGUGAUCGCUAUCGCGGUUUGUCUUUUAGGAUUCUUCAUCGGUCCGUUUUACCCUAUCGGACUUUACGUUCUUACCCACGUAGUCCCAGAAGAACUUCGUAUUGGAGCUUUAGGGCUUACGGCGAGCUUGGGUCAGGCUGGCGCUGCUGCCUUCCCCUUUAUGACAGGUGCGAUCGCUUCCCAGGCCGGUGUUCAGGUCAUGCAGCCCAUAAUGCUGGGAUUGCUUAUCGGGAUCGGAUUAUUUUGGGCUUCGGUGCCUAGACAAGGGUCGCCUAGUCUUUAG